AUGAACUCGCUCAGAUCAGCAGGCCACUGGAUCUCCAACAAGACCAAGGGCGGCGCCCACUCGGCCAGCAAGGAGACGAACAAGUCAAUUGCCAAAGACCCCAAUGUCCGUGCCUCGACUCGCGUACGCGCCGCUGGUAAUGCCAUGAAGGAUAAAGUGCACGAGACGAACUAUAAUCGUCAGGCCGACGUGAAUAGGCAUGCCGCCAAACACAAUUACUGA